AUGUUCAGUGGUCUAACAUUAUCAAGUAUGGCACCGGCAUUUGUUGAUUACCGGGCACUAUUACAUACCGAGAUGCAAUGGAUUGGUCUGUUUCCCAUGUUUCAGGCUAUUGGCAUAUUUUGCGGUUCAUUUGUUACGAUCGCAUUCAAGUACGUAAACCGACAAAUAUUGCUCUCUAUACUGAUUAUACUGCAAUGUCUGGGCACAAUAUUUCAACCAUGGUCAACGCAGCUGUGGCAUUUAUACCUAUGCAUAUUUGUAUACGGAUUUGGCAUAGGUGCCUGGAACGGGUCCAACAAUUUCAUUUACGGUGUGGGCACUAUCCUAGGUCCUUUAUUGGACAAAAACUAUGUGUUGGGCGAACAGAUAUGUCCCGGUGUUUAUGAAGAUGACUGUAAACUAGUCUCACUGUCCAAUCAUGCUAUUAUCAGCUCCGGGUUGUGUACCGAUGAAUGCCGCGCUUAUGAUAGACGACCCCGGCUUAAAAUACCCUUGCUCAUUGGCGGCUGUUUGCAACUGUUAGUCGUUGAUUAG